AUGGAUUCAUCAGUUCCAGAACCGAGACAGCCCGUCACAUCCGACGGAGACACCAUCGCUGCCGUGCGGGACCUGACAGACUCAAUCAAAUCUCUGAUCAAAUUGAUCGAUCAGGAGAACGACAGACGCGAUCCGAGCAGAGCUCGAGAAUUGGCCAGACAGAAUGAUCCCAUUCUCAGCGCACUCAACGAGGAGAUCCAGAUUGGACGACCCAAGCAUGCUCCCUCAUCAACACCAGUGCAGCUUAUGUCACCAGAGGAGAUAGAUGCCGAGAACGAGGCCUAUAUGGCAAAAUACACGGACCACUGGAAGAAGCACGAAUCCACCCCUGCCGAGAGACAAACCAUGCAGAAUGCGUACGAAGCGGCGUUCGAUCGGUUUCCGACCAUCUACCGCACGCUCGGAUGGCAUGGAAACGAUGAUAUCCUGUUCGAUGCAAAAGUCCUCUCCCGCUAUCGUGACACCCUCCUGGAGGGGCUCUUCGCCAUCGAGCCGUACGGAAUGAACCGUAUAUUUGCUCGACGGAAUGACGCCCUCGAAUGCAGAGAUGGCGUAUGUGUUGACUGUCGCUACUUUGAUGCCGACCAAACGCUCCGGGUAUUGAUCGAAGUCGGGCGGGCACUGCGACUUUCCAGACUCGGCGGUCCCAAUGAAAUGAUUCUCCAAGAACUCUUGGAUCUAUGCUAUGCUCGGCGUUUACUAUCGCAGCCUGCCGUCGACGAGCCCGAGAUCCUCUGGUACCAAUUUCAUCUUGUAUACGAUUGCCUGACGGCGGUGGAAUUUGAGUCCCAGUUCCGCGGAAAUCGAGACCCGUUGACUCUGACGUUCUACCUCAGACACAAAGACAAGCCAGUCUACAAAAUCUUCGAAAUGGUCAAGUCUCAUCGCAGCGUGAUGACUGGCAUCGAGCCGGUCAAAGAGCUUCUCCUUGAGGAAGCUUCCAGCCCAACUUUCGCAGCGGAAACUCUCACAGCCCGGUACCUGCAAGAUUUCGGGGGACUGAGUAUCGAAUGGACAGAUUGCCUGGAUGACCAUCUUAGAAUCUUCGCCGGGCGGAAUGCAAUCAGGAUUUUCGCUCAUCCUACUUUCUUCUACAAUGGCCGGGGUCUUCAGAGUAAGGAUCAUCACGAGCCUAUUUACAUUGAACUGUCCCAGACUUACGCUCUAUUGUUCCGACCAUCGUCAAAUGGAGGCGUGAGGCAGUUGAGAAAGAUAAACAAAUCUGAAGAAGUUACUUGGCUGGGUAGGAAGAUUGAAGUCAGCGAGCGACUUGGUUCUCAGACAAACAUACCUGAAACUUUCGACAUCGAUGCGAGAAGGCCCUCAGUCAAACGCAUAAUGGAGAAUUUCCACCGCUGCUCUCUGCCACCUUCGGUACAAGCGGCCUUUGACAUUGCUAACCCACCCACAAGCAUCAAAGGUGUUAGCUCUUUUGACCAAAACAAGACCACUGUCACACCCAUGCGAGAAAUACACUCUCACGCCCCAUAUCACCCAGAAGACAUCAGAUUCAUGAUCACUUCUAUCUUCCAGCACGAUGUCAGUCCCAAAGAGGCUUUUUUGCACUACGAGUACUUCGGCCCUCGCUUGCGAAAACUCAAAACGUAUCUCGACACACAACAACCAAAAACACUGAAGCAAUUGUGGGUUGAUCGACGAGAUGCUAGAGUGUGGUGGACAUUCUGGGGUGGCGCCUUCUUCCUUCUCAUGUCUGGUGUGUUUUGCGCAAUCAGCGCGGCUUUCCUAGCAGCAAUAGCUCAACGGCAUGGGUAG